GGCAGAUGGCACUAUGUGACUGAGCCUACUAUUUUAUACCAUUGGAGCUACAGCUGUAUUGAUUUAGUUGUAUAAACUAUAAAGUAUGUAUGUACUCUACUCACGAUCCAUACAGUUUAAUGAAUAGUUCUAUACGUGUAUCUAAAUCUUAAAGCUACUAGGUAAAUAAUUAGAGAUGAGCUAGAAUAGGGAUCGACUGAUAAACUCAUGACUCACUGAAAGAUGGAGGUUCCAUUGCCUGAUUCUACUACAACCAACCAUAACUCAAAGGCCAUCAACAAGCGCAAUCAUGGUUCCCUCAAGAGCUUCUGUAUGUUGGUCUUGACAAUAGGAAUAGCUCUAAUGUUUUUUGCCGUAGUCUACUCGCCACAAGUACUGCCGUCACAGCCAAGAGUACACAGGGUUAGUGUAAGCACUCCAGCAUCCCCACGCACCCAAGUGGCGCCGAAGCCGAAGAAAACAUCUGUAGGCGUACACAGUAGCAGCACCGGGUCGGCAGGUGGAGCAGUGGCACACUUAAAUGAGGCGGCUGAGGAUGAGGUGGUCAGUCAGAACAACAUCACCUACGAAGACACAACAACCGCCAACUCGCUGUCAAGUGCGCAAUCCAACCGAAAUAAUGGGCAAAUAUUUGCGGUAUUUAUCGGGGACAGCAAUGACCGAAACUCAGUUCAGGCGUUCUGUAAAAAUGUGCUUAAGGCCAACAUGCAGAAGGGCAAGCCUCGCACCGUGCUGAAGCAAGCAGUCAAGACGGCGUACGAUGUUGCGGUGCGCGCUGCUAGAGCGAGUGCCGAUAACUCGAUGGCAUAUUCCAUACCCGGAUCAAUUGAAAAGGUUCUAAGUCGGGUGGAGGUCAACUACUGCAAAACUCCAAAGAUGAUACUGGCUUAUAUCUUCAAUCGAUUCGCAAUGCACCCCAUUGGUCCGUGGCAUGGGUUCGACAAAGAUGUGCGUAUGGUGGGCAGUGGCUGGCGCGAUUCUGAUCCCAGUGAGGCCCAUUCACUACUCAUCAGACCAGUGAUUUCUGCAUUGGUACGCACCGUGGGGAAAGGAGUGCCUGAUUUGGUGAGUGUGGCAUCGAAUUUUUGGGAUCACGCACGAGCGUUCGAUUAUCUGAGCCGACAGACCUCCUCGAACGCAGCAUACUGGCGCGACACCUUCAUACCAGAGUACUCCAGGAAUUUAACCUCCUUUGUUUCAGUUGUAAGGAACGAGAUUGGCAAAAUCAGCCAACACGGGCUUCCGCAUGAACAAACGCGUGUGGCUGCGCGAGAGACCAUGUUUGUGUGGCACACGGCUCAUCUUCCCGGGUGCGAGGCCUUCGCGCGGUCGAUGAAAGGGCGUCACUGGGCCAAGAACUGUUCCCAUAUCACCAUGGCCAACAACGCCAGUGAGAUCGCGUGUAGCGCCAUGGGCGUGCCGGUAGUGGAUGUAUCAGGGAUUUUCGAAGGGAUCAGGCCCUCUAACUACCUAACGGAGGACUAUAUUCAUCUGACCGAGAAGUACGGGCUGAGAUUAGUCGACGCGGUUCUUUCUAAACUAUAUAAAAGACGAAGAUAA